CAAAACACUUACUGGCUGUUGGAGAAGUCUUAAUACCACAAUGAAUAUUUUACACCACAAAAGCUGGCAUGUUCGCAACAAGGACAACAUUGAGAGAGUUCGAAGGGAUGAGGCAAAGGCAGCCGAGGAGGAGAAGGAAAGGCUUCGGAAGGUGGCGCUUGCUGAACAAGAAGCAAGGACAGAAAUCUUAAGACAGAAAGCUAGAUCUCAGAGGCUACCCUCCACCAGCAGCAGCACAGUUACCUCCCCUGAAAAAAUAGAAGAUCCUGAAGUGAGUGGGAAUGAAGUGAAGGCCAAGACAGACCUAGAUGUGUAUGGUUCAAACAAUCUUGUCUCUGACAUAUACACUGGAUCAGGAGGUCACAUCAAUUUCUUCAAGGACACAGAAGGAGUAUCUACAGGAAAGCAUAACAUUGACCAUGAAGCUGAAAAAAAGGCUGAAAAAGAAGAAUGGGAGAAAAAGAUGGGAAUUUUAACUUACUUAGGUCAGAGUUCUUUGGAAAGUCAAGGAGGCACAGCCCCAUGGUAUGCUAAGAAAAGAAAAGUAGAAGAUGAUGAAGAUGACGCAUUAACCAAAAGAGAGCAUAAAGACAAGAAGCUAAAAGAUUCCCUAGAUCCUAUACACAAGCUGGAGGGAUACCUUAAAAAGAAGAGUCACAAAGAUAAAGAUCAUUCUGACAGACACAAGCACAAACAUCACAAACACAAGCACAAGAAAGACAAGGAAAGGUCAUCGCAAAGUUCAAAAUCAAAAGUCCAAGGGUCAAAGAGCAUUGAUCAGCUACGUGCAGAGAGACUCAAGAGGGAAGCUGCUGAAAGAAAGAAAACUGCUGCACUGAUGGCAAAGGUUAGAGGUGAGAAAGCAGAGGAAGAGGCAGAGGUGAAGGAAGUGAGUGAUAGAGAUCGACGAUACAACUCACAAUACAACCCUGAAUUUGUGAGACGACCCAGAAAACAUUACUCCUGAAAAUGAAGGAACAUUGAUGGAACAGAAAAUGUUACUCCUGAAAAUGAAGGAACAUUGAUGGAACAGAAAAUAUUACUCCUGAAAAUGAAGGAACAUUGAUGGAACAGAAAAUAUUACUCCUGAAAAUGAAGGAACAUUGAUGAACAGAAAACAUUACUCCUGUAGAUAAGGAACAUUGAUGAACAGAAAACAUUACUCCUGUAGAUAAGGAACAUUGAUAAACAGAAAACAUUACUCCUGAAAAUGAAGGAACAUUGAUGAACAGAAAACAUAACUCCUGAAAAUGAAGGAACAUUGAUGAACAGAAAACAUUACUCCUGUAGAUAAGGAACAUUGAUGAACAGAAAACAUUACUCCUGUAGAUAAGGAACAUUGAUGAACAGAAAACAUUACUUCUGAAAAUGAAGGAACAUUGAUGAACAGAAAACAUAACUCCUGAAAAUGAAGGAACAUUGAUGAACAGAAAACAUUACUCCUGAAAAUGAAGGAACAUUGAUGGAACAGAAAAUAUUACUCCUGAAAAUGAAGGAACAUUGAUGAACAGAAAACAUUACUCCUGUAGAUAAGGAACAUUGAUGAACAGAAAACAUUACUCCUGAAAAUGAAGGAACAUUGAUGAACAGAAAACAUUACUCCUGUAGAUAAGGAACAUUGAUGAACAGAAAACAUUACUCCUGUAGAUAAGGAACAUUGAUGAACAGAAAACAUUACUUCUGAAAAUGAAGGAACAUUGAUGAACAGAAAACAUAACUCCUGAAAAUGAAGGAACAUUGAUGAACAGAAAACAUUACUCCUGAAAAUGAAGGAACAUUGAUGGAACAGAAAAUAUUACUCCUGAAAAUGAAGGAACAUUGAUGGAACAGAAAAUAUUACUCCUGAAAAUGAAGGAACAUUGAUGAACAGAAAACAUUACUCCUGUAGAUAAGGAACAUUGAUGAACAGAAAACAUUACUCCUGUAGAUAAGGAACAUUGAUGAACAGAAAACAUAACUCCUGAAAAUGAAGGAACAUUGAUGAACAGAAAACAUUACUCCUGAAAAUGAAGGAACAUUGAUGAACAGAAAACAUAACUCCUGAAAAUGAAGGAACA